GCGUGGGGUACAGAGGGGGUUCCUAGGGGGUACAGAGAGGAGACGUGCGGGAGGAGCGCCAUAGCGUGUUCUGGCGGUGUUGCAACAGUGGACGACGUACGCUUAUCUACCUCACUCGGCCAAGCAGCAUGGCAGCCCUGGUGUUGCCGCUGACCUAGCUGGUACUCCUGAGCCUGGUCAGUGUCUCCUCUCAGAUCCAGUGGUUCAGGUUUCUAUGGGUCCCAGAGAUGACUUCACCUGCUCCUGCUGUCACUACAUCUGCACCCACCACUACAGCACCAGAGGAGAGCACAGCCCCUGUCUUCCCAGCCUCCCCUCCUCAGCCCACAGAGGGAUUCAGCAUAGCCCGAGCUAAGAGACCUCUCAGAAUGUGGAAGAGUGAGCGAGGGUCCAAGGGUCACCUAGUCCUCACUGAGCUAGUUGGUGUUCCUCUUCCUCCAUCUGUGUCCUUCAUCACGGGCUACGAGGGUUUCCCUGCCUACAAUUUUGGGCCUCAUGCUAAUGUUGGUAGACUCACCCAAUCAUUUGUACCUGAGCCCUUCUUCAAGGACUUUGCCAUUAUUGUCACCAUCAAACACUCCAACUCUCGAGGAGGGGUCCUGUUCGCUAUCACAGAUCCCUCCCAGAAGAUCGUCCACCUGGGCUUGGCCCUGACGCCUGUGGAGGAUAAGACCCAGAGGAUUGUACUGUAUUACAGCGAGCCAGGGCUUGCAGACACCAUGGAGGUGGCUUCCUUUAAAGUGCCUGAUAUGACACAGCAAUGGAGUCGCUUCACGCUGACGGUCGAGCAUGAGGAGGUUCGGCUCUAUAUGGACUGUGAGGAGUACCACAGUGCCCCCCUGAAGAGAAGCCAGCAGCCCCUCAGCUUUAAGCUGGGCUCGGGUAUCUUUGUGGCAAAUGCAGGCAGUACUGGCCUGGAGAGAUUUGUGGGCUCUAUUCAACAGCUGGUAAUAAAACAGGACCCUAGGGCAGCGGAAGAGCAGUGUGAGGAGGAUGACCCCAGCUUGCAGUCCUCCGGCGAUGGAAGUGGUGAUGGUGAUGGUGAUUAUGAUGAUGAAGAAGAACAUGGGAGACGUGAAGUAAUCUUUGGUCGGACAAAUGAGAAAGAAGAUAAAGAAAAGACACACAGACCCACCUUUCCUGUCCAAGCUCCACCCACUAUGUUACCUGACAUGGACGAAGGGGAAGUUUCAGGACAUGUGACCCCUGUAGACCAAAGGCUGCUUAGAGGGACAAACAAAACAGAUGAAACAGGGGAGAGUACAGGGGAUGGUGAUCCUGGGGUUGGUCGGCCUGGUUUACCUGGUUCACCAGGGCUUCCCGGACCACUAGGGCCAUCCAAACCAAUUAAAGUUCCAUAUGGAUUUGAUGCUCUCGGCUCUGGAUCUGGAGAUGUUGACAUUGAUACAGAACUUCUUAGAGGUCCACCUGGUCCUCCAGGGCCUCCAGGGAAACCUGGUCCGCCUGGUCCUAAUGGCCCCUUAAGGGGUUUACUGCCUGGACCAUCAGGUGCCCCUGGCAAGGAUGGCAGAGAUGGGCAACCUGGACUUCCUGGUGUUCCUGGUCGGGAUGGCUUGACUGGACAACAGGGUCCAAAAGGAGCGAAGGGUGAACAAGGAAUAAGAGGGCCCCCUGGACCUAAGGAUUUGGAGGGUUCUGGUGAAAGCGGAUUGUUUCUUGGAGACGGAAUUUCAAAAGGUUAUCAAGGUGAACCAGGAUCCCCAGGAAAGGAUGGAAUACUAGGCUCAGCUGGUUUACCUGGUGCCAGGGGGCCAAAGGGGGACAAGGGCAGUCCAGGAGAUAAGGGUGAGCAAGGUCGUGAUGGUCUGAGCAUCAUAGGGCUUCCCGGUCCCCCUGGCCCUCCUGGACCGAUCAUUAACUUCCAGGAUCUCCUUCUUAAUGAUACUGCUGCCAAAUUGAACCUCUCUAAGAUCAGAGGACCGCCAGGCCCUAUGGGCCCUGAAGGCUUGCCUGGCAGAGCAGGAUUCCCUGGCCCAAGAGGACCAAAAGGUGAAAUUGGGUUUCCAGGUAUUCAAGGACCUCCAGGACUAAAGGGAGAAAAGGGGGAGCCAGGCGUAUCCAUAGCUGCUGAUGGCUCUCUAAUAACAGGCCUGAGAGGACCCAGAGGACCGAAGGGAAUGAAGGGAGACAUCGGCCCCUCUGGACAGCCUGGGAUUGUGGGGCUGAUUGGACCACCUGGACAAAAAGGAGAAUAUGGACUUCCUGGUCGACCGGGCCGGCCUGGAAUAGCUGGAAGGAAAGGGGACAAGGGACAUUCUAGUGGUCCCCCUGGUCCACCGGGUCCACCUGGACCUCCAGGGCCACCAGGACGAGUAAUUGGCCUCAAUGGAACAGUUUUCCCAGUUUCUCCUAAACCACACUGCAAAAUACCAGUCAACAACAACAAUUCACAACCAGGCAAUGGAAGAGUGUCAUUAGGAGUCAAAGAGGACAAGGGUGAUGUGGGAAAUCCUGGGUUGCCAGGAACUGCAGUGCCAAUGUUUCCUCAUGGUUAUGUGGAUGCUAAAGGUGAUAUUGGCUACAAGGGGCAAAAGGGAGAGAAAGGGGAUCCAGGUUUGCCUGGCCCACCAGGGCUCCGUGGGAAGACAGGCCUUGUGGUACCUAAAGGGGACUCUAUUGUUGGUCCUCCUGGGGACACUGGUUCCCCAGGCCUUCCAGGACUGCCUGGCUAUGGAAGUCCAGGACCACAAGGGCCACCAGGACCUCCUGGACCACCAGGCACUCCGUCUGCAUAUGGCUCAGCUGCGAAUAUCCCUGGACCUCCAGGUCAUCCAGGGCCACCUGGUGCUCCUGGCCAUGGAAACCUUGUGAGAACAUAUAAAAACACUCAGACCUUGAUAAGAGAGACCAGUCAGGGUGCAGAAGGGACUCUGGCAUAUGUCAUAGACAAGAGUGAACUUUACAUCAGGGUACGAGGGGGCUGGAAGAAAGUUGAGCUAGGAGAGCUAAUCCCAGUUCCCCAAGACAGUUCCACAUCUGCUUUGUCACAAGGCCUGAGCAGACUCAGCGACCGCAGUGUACCUAAAGUUCAUAGCCAGGAGUUAAAGAGCUUCCUGCCAGGCUACCAUGUUUUUCCACAGCAUGCACACUCAGUGCCAGCAUUGCAUCUGGUGGCACUCAAUGCCCCAUUCUCAGGGGACAUGCAUGGAAUCCGAGGGGCAGAUUAUCAAUGUUACCAGCAGGCCCAUGCCAGGGGCCUGACAUCCCCUUACAGAGCUUUCCUCUCCUCUCACCUACAAGACCUUUCCAGCAUCGUCAAGAAAGGGGACCACUUCAGCUUGCCAGUGGUGAACCUCAAAGGAGAUGUGCUUUUCAACAGCUGGAUGUCUAUGUUCUCUGGAAAUGGGGCUGUUUUUGAUCCACUUACUCUGAUUUAUUCCUUUGACGGAAGAAACGUCAUGACAGAUCAGGCUUGGCCUCAGAAACUGGUGUGGCACGGCUCGAGUACCGCGGGCAUCCGAAUGACAACUAACUACUGUGAAGCCUGGAGAACCGGUGACAUGGCAGUGACCGGACAGGCGUCUCUUCUGCAGACCGGCAGACUGCUGGGGCAGCACACACAUACCUGCUCAAACCACUUCAUUGUGCUUUGCAUUGAGAACAGCUACAUUCAGAGCCCUGGAAGGAACUAGAAAGUUGACCAUUUUUGAAGUCAAGCAAUGCAGAUGUAGGGAGCAGCAGUAGCUGGCCUGCUGGGGGAAAUAUCCAAUCUACUCUUUAAUUAGGAAGAGAGCUCCUGUGAGAAGUUACAAGCCAGGGAAAAUGGCACUGCAAUCAUGUUUCACUUCUUCUCUGAGCAUGAUGUAAAUAUGUAUAAAUCACCCACAGAUACUGUUCAAUCGACGACCCACCGACUUCUAUUCAACUAUUAGAAUACCAAAGAAUACCUCAGCCAGAUAUCAAGCAAGUGUAGAUCCAUUGUAUGAAUUCACCACAUUACACUGUGCCUUCUCGGAUGAUAUUAACCCCUCCUCAUAAAGACUAAUAUAGAGUUUCGUGUGUGUGUGUGUGUGUGUGUGUGUGUGUGUGUGUGUGUGUGUGUGU